AACGGUCAACUCCUCGAACAGCGGUGGAAACCCCAGCGCAGCAGGCCGAGUCCCGCAACCCCUCUGCCUCCCCCUUCCCCUCGCCUCGGCUCCCCUCCCUCCUCGAGAUCUCCAAGGCCACGAGGCCACACCGCUUCGCCGACGCCCGGGGAGAUGGCGGGCUUGGGGAAAGCGAUGUACGCGGUGGGGUUCUGGAUCCGGGAGACCGGCCAGGCCCUCGAUCGCCUCGGCUGCCGCCUCCAGGGCAACUACUACUUCCACGAGCAGAUUUCAAGGCAUCGCACACUCAUGAAUAUCUUUGACAAAGCCCCUCAUGUUCACAAAGAUGCAUUUGUUGCUCCAAGUUCAUCCCUUAUUGGUGAUGUUCAAGUUGGACAAGGAGCUUCAAUUUGGUACGGGUGCGUCUUGAGAGGGGACGCAAACAGCAUUCAAAUUGGAUCUGGGACCAAUAUACAAGACAAUUCUCUUGUGCAUGUGGCGAAAUCUAAUCUAAGUGGGAAAGUCUUUCCAACAAUCAUCGGUGAUAAUGUCACAGUUGGUCAUAGUGCUGUGUUACAAGGAUGCACUGUUGAGGAUGAAGCUUUUGUUGGUAUGGGGGCAACCCUUUUAGAUGGUGUCGUUGUGGAAAAGCAUGGGAUGGUUGCUGCUGGAGCCCUCGUAAGACAGAAUACUAGGAUCCCUUGUGGAGAGGUAUGGGGAGGAAACCCAGCCAAAUUUCUGAGGAAGCUCACCGGUGAGGAGAUUGCUUUCAUCGCAGAAUCGGCUGCCAACUAUUCCAAUUUGGCCAAGGCACAUGCUGCUGAGAACGCCAAGCCUCUUGAAAAGAUUGAGUUUGAGAAGGUGUUGCGCAAGAAGUUUGCUCACCAGGAUGAGGAAUAUGAUUCCAUGAUUGGUGUCACUCGAGAGGUCCCUCCGGAGCUGACGUCCCCCAGUCCUGCCCAAUAGACCUCUGUUUUUGUUUCUGUUCUCAUUGGUGCCUUUAUCGUCUUCUAUUGGACGGUGCUGGACCGUUGAAGGGAACACUGUUCCAUGAAUCAGGCGUUUGUGUUUACUUUCCUCCCCAAUAAUCUUGGGUCGAGCUAUGUUAUAAAGCUGGCCAUGUACUUGUUCCAGCUUCGGUAUUCAGUAUGUUUAAGAUGCGGCUUUCUGGAAAAACGGACCCACUGAACGCACAAGCUUGCAUCGUUUUGACAGGUAA